AGGAACAGCGAAACAGAAAUGGAAAGUGACGAAAAGAAGGAUCAGGUGAAAGAACCGGCACCGUUCCCCUACAUGCGGGGUUCGGACCCAAGGGUGGCUACUUGCCGUGGUAAGCUGCAGAGCAAACGAUGCAAGCUAAACCAGGAAAUCAACAAAGAGCUACGGCUGCGGGCAGGUGCCGAAAACCUUUACAAGGCCACCACCAACAAGAAGCUCAAGGACACGGUAGCAUUAGAGCUGAGCUUCGUCAACUCUAACCUGCAGCUGCUAAAGGAACAACUGUCCGAGCUGAACUCCUCCGUCGAGAUCUAUCAGAGUGAAGGUCUCGACUACGUUAUACCGAUGAUACCGCUUGGGCUGAAGGAAACGAAGGAGGUCAACUUUAUGGAACCGUUCUCGGACUUUAUCCUGGAGCACUACAGCGAACCGUCACACAUCUACGAGGAUGCGAUUGCCGAUAUUACCGACACGAGACAGGCCGCAAAAACGCCCACCCGUGAUGCGCAAGGUGUAUCGCUACUGUUUCGCUACUACAACCUGCUGUACUACGUGGAGCGACGCUUCUUCCCGCCGGAUCGUAGCCUGGGCGUGUACUUCGAAUGGUACGAUUCACUGACAGGUGUACCUUCGUGCCAGCGGACGGUCGCGUUUGAGAAGGCCUGCAUAUUGUUCAAUCUGGCCGCGAUCUACACGCAGAUCGGGGCCAGACAGGAUCGAUCGUCGGAGAAGGGUUUGGAUGCGGCGGUAGACAAUUUUCUGCGCGCUGCCGGUGUAUUCCGCCAUAUUUUCGAUACGUUCACGAACGCACCUUCGAUGGACUUGAAGCCACAGGUGUUGGAGGUGCUAGUGGCACUUAUGCUCGCUCAAGCACGUGAGUGUCUGUUUGAGAAAUUACUACUACAGGUGGAAAAUCUUCCUGCCGGUAGAGACUGUGUGCAGAAUCAUCGUGAUCUUUCCGGCGAAGCGACGCAACUAGCUCUCGAGUAUAGAGAGAUUCAUCAGAUAAUACAUAGCAAUGAUGCACAUACGUAUCUUCCAGAAUGUUGGGCAGGAUUGGUUCCGCUCAAGUCCGAAUACUAUAAAGCACUGGCCCACUAUCACGCUGCAAAGACGAAAGUCACAUCCAACAACUCAAACGACGAAAGUUCACUGAUCAGCAACACCGACAGCAGCAAUCGCUGCAAGCAACAACAGCAGCAACAACGUUACGGCCGAGGACUCGAACCGAAGGACACAUUCAUCUUCGACGAAACAUCCUUCGAAUCCGAUCUCGACCCAACCGCGUUCCGGCGGGCGCACCUGCGUGAAUCACUUUCUAGUCACGAGGAGGCACAACGGCUCCAGCGUAUGUGCCGCGAGCUGAAGAACAAGAUUGCCCUCUCAAAGGUGCUAAAUUACGCCCACGAGCGUACCAGCGAGGAACUGGAAGAGCUCGAGCUCGACCGUACCUGCACCGUCAGCUCGAACCUGUCGUCCGCGCUGGACGAAACCGACCUGGACGUGCUGGACGUAACGCUGAACGCAACGUCCAAGUUUACGAUCUCGCUAACCGGGCCCGACUUUACGAUGCACAAAAUAGAGGACCCGUUCCGGAAGUUGGGUCCGAUUGCGAUCUUCUCCGCCCGGCGCCACUGGACGGCUCCGCGCAGUGUGCGGCUGCAGAAGGGUGGUACAUCGUUUAUGCUUGGAGGUGGUACGCUUGACCGUCGACAGCCGUACCGGGAUGGGGCUAGUGUGGGGAAUAGUAGCAGUAGCCGAAGCAGCAGCAAUCAGCAGCAGCAUAACCAAUCGAGCCGGUGCUGUGGCGAGUGUGCCAACAAGACAAACUACUACAACGAUAGCCGGGCGUGUGAGGUUUGUCUGAAGGAUGUGUGCAACGUGUCGGAGCGAGAGUUCCGGGAGUUGAAGUUACAGGACGGUGGUGAGCAGCAGACGGUCGGAAGCGAGGGCGAGGAUGGUAGGGAUAUUAGCAGCUUCGGGUUUAAUGUACGGGGUGAUGCACCUGUUAUGAUAUCGACGGUGGAAAUUAAUUCCCUAGCAGAUCUGGGUGGCAUUAAGGAAGGUGACUUCAUCGUGGAGCUGUGCGGUGUCGACGUCAAGUGGUACACACUCCAGCAGGUACUGAAGCUCAUUCGCAACUGUGAAAACAGUCUCGAACUGAAGGUCAUUACACCGAUGGAUCGGAACUAUCUAAAGCCAAUGGCGAUGAGUCACAGCAGCAAGGGUUCCAUCUCGACACUGUCCGGCAGCUCGUCCGGCAUCUCGUCCGGUGCACCGUCCCCGACCGGUACCACCACCAAAUCGAUCAAGACACGCUCCAAGCUGGGCAAAACGCGCCUCAGCAGCUUCACCUCGGGCAACUGGAACCCGUUCCGGCGCACGCAAAGCUUGGGCAAGAUAUUCUAAUCACGUUUGCACUUUGUUUUGCUAACAA